AUGUAUACGAUUUAUACAUUGCUGUUUCCCUGGGUCAUAUCUCUACAGGUGAUCCUACUGAUUGUGGAGGCAGCUCCAGCCGUUAGAUCCACAUUUGAGAUUCCAAAUUGUAAGGCCACAGACGAGAGAGCAGAAGCUGUAAAGGAAGCAUUUGUAAAAGCCUACGGCGGUUAUAAAACCUACGCUUUUGGACAUGAUGAACUUUUGCCACUAUCAAACAAGUCAUCGAACUCUAGAAAUGGCUGGGGAGCAACAAUCAUAGACUCACUCGACACUAUGUUAAUUAUGGGACUCGAAGAAGAUUAUAUUCAGGCACUAGAGUUCAUCACAACUGUUGAUUUUACAAAAUCUAACGAUGUUUCCAAAGGUUUCGAAACUAAUAUACGAUAUCUCGGUGGUCUUCUGUCAGCCAACGAUCUUGUACCGAACCGGACCUUGGUUGACAAGGCUAUCGAAUUAAUGAAUGCGGUACUCGUGCCUCUUUUUCGAUCAGAAUCAGGAGCCCCGUAUACGAAUAUGUGUCUCAAAACAAACAAACCUGUGCCAACAGACAUUAUUAAUCUUGCAGAGUUUGGCACAUAUAGCUUAGAAUUCACUCGUUUAUCACAGAUUUCACAAGAUCCCACGUAUUCGGCUCUUUCCAACGACUUGAUUGACCAAGUCAUUCAAGAGCCUACUAAAAUCCCAGGGCUAUUUCCUACUAGCUGGCACAUUAAUCCAUUUAAGCCUUUAAACACAAGUGUGAUUAAUUUGGGUGGAGGUGGAGAUAGUUUCUACGAAUAUCUCGUCAAGAACUCAAUUCUGCUGGGUGAUUCUGCCAACCCGGAUCUUAUGAAUACAUGGACUAACAGUGUUAGAAGCAUGCACGAUUACCUUCUAUCGCCAACCUUGGAAGAUCCUUCAAUUCAAUUCAUACCAAUGGUUACAGAGAAUGGUGUCAGUUAUAGUUCUCAGGAACUGAUUUGUUUCUGGCCCGGAAAUAUCUUAUUAGGAUUGAGUCAGAUGCCUUCUACCGAGGAAACCGCGAUAUUUUACACAUUCGCAGAUACAUUGCUACAGUCAUGCUAUGCAACCUGGAACGAUUCAGCUACUGGGAUAUCACCUGAAAGCUGGUACUGGACACCUCAAACUGAUAUCCUCAAAGGUCCACUCGGUGCUUUAUUGGGAUUAUCAAAGGAAACGGAUAAAACUCAGUCUGUGACAUCCCAAGAAUCCCAUACUCUGAAUGAAAGAUUCCAAUCAAAUCCAUUCUCUCCUAGUGAUCCAUCCUAUAUUCUCAGGCCAGAGACUAUAGAGAGUCUGUUUUAUUUUUACCGUGUCACAGGAGAGACGAAAUAUCAGGAUAUGGCUUGGGCUAUAUUCGAGUCUAUUCGGCUUUAUACGGAAACACCGUCAGGUUUUGCUCAAAUUGGCCGCGUUGAUCUUCAAUCCGAUACACGACAAGAUUUUAUGGAAAGCUUUUUCUUUGCCGAGACGCUCAAGUAUCUCUACCUCAUCUUUGCAGAUAAAAAUUGUAUUUCGCUCAAUAGUUAUGUUUUCAACACAGAAGCACAUCCUUUCAAACUAACAGAGCAAAUUCAAAUUCAAUCAUAA